AUGUCUUCCACCACUGCUACCACAACCACCACCACCACCCAUAACAACAUGACCGACGAAGAGCUUGACCGCGACUGGAAGCCCAAUGGCCGUCGCCCGCAAUCCACCAUUGCGCGCAACUUCUCCCAAGAGCUGAUGGACAUUUUCCGCAUCGACAAGGACAUCACCGACCUCGACGACCAGGUCGACAAGCGGUCAGUCUCCGCCAACGCCAACGCCAAAGCCAGCGCCACGAUUGACAUCGAUCUCGAUACCCGAAAGCAAGAAGUCGACAAAAAGACGUCUGAACUCGAAGCCCUCGAGGCGCGUAUCCGUGAGAUGGAGGAGAAACUCAAGAGUCAGUACCCAGCAGCUGCUGUCGGCAGCUCAGCACAGCCAUCACAGAUCCACACCCAGGCCCAACACGUCAAGAGCAGGCCAGGGACCAUGAGACAGAGCCAGCAGGCGCCAGGUUCCGGGGCGAUGCCGCCUACCCCGAUAGGAAGUGAAGGUGAAUUGGAUUCCCCGAUCGAGCCCGCUAGCCCCCGAACACCAAGAGCACCCCGACCGUCUGAACAGCCAUUCUUCCACGUCGCUACAUGUGCUUCCUCCGGAGAUGACGCGGCAUCCAUUAUAUCCAUCCAAACCGUAUCCGAGACCUCCAGUUAUACUGACUUUGUCCUUGUGGCCCCUAAUCCAGACGGUGAUCGCGAGCGAGGCCACUGA